AUGGCAGAUGCUCAAGCUAUCGGUUCAUUUUCGUCGGUGAACGCUGUCGUUAAUCAUGACUAUUGCUUCCGCAUUACAAAACCUGCUGAUCUCACCGAUGAUAGUACACCAGCUGAGAAAGCUCUUCAUAAGAAAUGGACCCGAUCGAACCAUCUGUGCCUUUUGUUCAUCAAGAAGACCAUUGGCAAAACCAUUAAAGGAUCGAUCCCUGAGUCUGACGAUGCAAAGACGUAUCUGACAAAUGUUGAAAAGCGGUUUGCUUUAGCAGACAAGUCACUUGUAGGCACUCUUAUGGAAAAAUUAGUGUCCAUGAAAUACAAUGGCAGCAGUGGCAUAGGCCAGCAUGUCUGUGAAAUGGUAAAUUUAGCUGUAGAACUUGAAAAGCUGAACCAGAAGAUGAAUGAACCAUUCCUUAUUGAGAUGAUUCUGCAAUCACUCCCUGAUAAAUUUGAACCAUUCAAGAUCCAUCGCAACAUGAAUGACAAUGAUCAGGAUCUGAAUACGCUUUAA